GUUGCCUCAAAAUGGCGACGGAACGGAACCCAAGUGCUCCAUCACCAAUGGAGCUUCCUGUUGCUGUCCGCCGUCUGGCUAGUUGUGUUUCUGGAAUGGAUUAUUUCAGCGAACGGUUAGCUUUGCGAAACAUGUCUCGUUGCAUAUCUCAACAGUGAGUGCUCAUAUUCGUGUAAGUUACCGCUUACGCCCUAAAAGGAGGACGCUUUACGCAGUGAUGGCGGAGGAAAGGCGUCAGAAGCAGUGCUCGGUCGUCCUCCCUACAGAGUCCAUGAAGGCGAUGGCAGAGUCUGUGGGAGUAGGCCAGUUACAGGAGGACAGCUGCACAGCCCUAAGUGAAGAAGUCAGCUAUAGAAUUAAAGAAAUUACGCAGGAUGCUCUUAAGUUUAUGCAUCACGGGAAGAGACGUAAACUCACCACCAGUGAUAUUGAUAAUGCCCUCAAACUUAAAAAUGUGGAGCCCCUGUAUGGGUUCCAGUCGCAAGAGUUUAUCCCUUUUCGUUUCGCGAGUGGUGGUGGAAGAGAGCUUCAUUUCUACGAGGAGAAAGAAGUGGACCUUAGUGAUAUUAUAAACACACCGCUUCCCAGAGUUCCGUUGGAUGUGUCUCUUAAAGCCCACUGGUUAAGCAUCGAGGGGAUUCAACCGUCUAUUCCGGAAAAUCCACCACCAGCCCCCAAAGAACAGCAAAAGGCGGAAUCCACCGAGCCCCUCAAAGUGGUCAAACCUGGUCAGGAGGAGGUCGGUAGCAUUCAAGGCAAAAAUCAGGGGGCGACGGCUGCUGAUAGUAAAGGUAAAGAGAAGGGUCCCAUCAGGUUGAAACCUCGCAGUACACAUGAACUUUCUGUGGAACAGCAGCUGUACUACAAGGAAAUUACUGAAGCAUGCGUCGGAUCCUGUGAAGCCAAGAGAGCUGAAGCUUUGCAAAGUAUUGCCACAGACCCGGGACUGUAUCAGAUGCUACCAAGAUUCAGCACCUUUAUUUCAGAAGGAGUUCGUGUUAAUGUGGUGCAAAACAACUUGGCUCUCCUGAUUUACCUCAUGCGGAUGGUCAAAGCACUGAUGGACAACCCCACUUUAUACCUGGAAAAAUAUCUGCACGAGCUCAUCCCGGCUGUGGUUACGUGUAUCGUCAGCAAGCAGCUGUGCUUGAGACCGGAUGUGGACAACCACUGGGCUUUGCGGGACUUUGCUGCUCGCCUCAUGGCGCAAAGUUGUAAAACCUUCAGCACCACUACCAACAACAUCCAGUCUCGCAUCACCAAGACAUUUACUAAGAGUUGGUUGGAUGACAAAACCCAGUGGACAACGCGGUACGGCUGCAUCGCCGGACUUGCUGAACUGGGACCCGACGUGAUAAAGACGUUGAUCCUUCCUCGGCUUGCUGUAGAGGGCGCUCGCAUCAAAGCAGUGAUGGAAGGACCAGUGAUCUCCAACAUUGAUAAAAUUGGAGCGGACCAUGUUCAAAGCCUCCUACUGAAACACUGUGCCAGUGUCAUGGCCAAGAUUCGACCCCCACCUGACAACGUGGAACAAUAUCGGAUGGAUUACGGUUACCUCGCACCCAUGCUGUGCUCCCAUGUCAUAAAGGCUAGGACCCAAGCCGCAAUGCAAGCCCAGCAAGUCAACCGAACCACAUUAACGAUCACACAGCCACGGCCGACCCUCUCUGUCUCACAGAGUGGACUCGGUGGAUCGACAGGGCCUCGCACUCCCAGCAUCAUUAAGGUUCCGAGCUCCCUCACCCUGAUGUCGCCGAGACCAGGGACCCCAUCGCAGCCAUCGCCGCCUGCCACUAAAUAUAUCGUCAUGGGAACCAGCGCAGGAGCCGCCUCAACACAGCAGCAGGUCAUCACCAUCAACUCUUCCCACUCCGCCUCAACGGUCACAAGCACCGUACCCAGCGCUUCUUCAACCUUGCAACCCUUGGUGAAACUGGAGCCAGGCGGUGGCCCUGCACUUCCCGGUUCACGACCCAUGCAGAAGUACAUAGUGGUAUCGCUACCCUCGUCCGCCUCUUCCGUGGAGAAUAAAAGCUCUGUCAUCCCAACCCCCAUCUCAACCACACUAGAACCAACGGUGAAGACGGACCGAUCGGAGUCUCCCUGCGUGAGCACACAGUCGCCGCACUGACGAGAGCUUUAAAACGCGCAUACAAGGACAAUUGAUUGGGGCUGAACCGAAAACUCCGGAACGGUGUAGAGGCUGUGGUUCGAUCGUAAAUUGUAAAUAUAUUCAUGCCCAACGAAGAGGCAAUCUGUCACAUUGUUUCAUCCUCGAUUGUAACUGAUUUCAUGCUCUCUUUUUUACCCCAAAAUAAAAUCACUUUGUAUUUGUA